UUUUUUUUUUUUUAUCUUUUAUAAAAUACUCGGACUAUAUAGAAUUAGUUUGUGUGUAUAAUAUAUACAUAUAUAUAUACUCUCCCCUCAGUUUUUAUUUUUCAUCCUUUUGAUUAUUUUUUGGUGAAUCCUAUCUUUUGGGUAUCCCCAACUAACUUAUCAUAUUUAUACAUAUUUUGACUUUUUAUUUACUUUUAAUGGCCAGUAUUACCACAACUACAACAUCAACAGUUCCGAAUUUACUGAAACGACAACGAAAAAAAGAAAACUGGGAAAAGGAAUUUUAUAAGAAUGGAUAUCCAACUGAAGUGAUCGUUAUUGAAGAUUCUCCUACUCCUCCACCACCACAACAACAACAACAAACUCAUUACGAUUAUACUUAUAAUGGUUCUUCACCUUCUUCUAAUAAUAAUACUCGAUAUUAUGAUACUCAUUCUAAACAUAUUGUACAACCUUCUUUGUCUUUCAAUUCAUUACCAAGAACACCCUUAUUUUCAACUGGCAUAUCAAGUACUUCAUCUUCUUCUUCCUCUUCUAUCAAUUCUACUACUUUAUCUUCAAGUCAAUCUUAUACUACUGCCUCUGCUGCUGCUGCUGCCUUUCAAGUUUCAAAUAAACGAACUCGUCAACAUGAAGAAGAUAUAUUGGCUUCUCUCAAGAAAAAACGAAAAGAAGUCUCGUAUUUGAGGUUGGAUGCUGCUGGUCAUUAUUCUACCCUCCCUACAUCAUCCGAUUCAACUUCAUCAUCUAUGGUUGAAAACUACGAUGAUAAGGAUGGACAUUAUAUCAUCAAACCCAAUGAAUCAUUAACUGCUCGAUACAAGAUCAUGCGAUUAUUAGGACAAGGGACAUUUGGAAAAGUGGUUGAAUGUUAUGAUCGUGUACGUCGGACAUUUUGUGCAAUCAAGGUGAUUCGUGCUAUACCAAAAUAUCGUGAUGCCAGCAAGAUAGAAAUUCGAGUACUCAAUACACUAAAGGAACAUGACCCAUUGAAUCUCAACAAAUGUAUUCAUUUAUUAGAAUGGUUUGAUUAUCGUAAUCAUAUUUGUAUGGUAUUUGAAUUAUUGGGGCAAUCGGUGUUCGAUUUCUUAAAAUCAAAUCAAUUCAAACCUUUUCCUUCAAGUCACAUUCAACAAUUUGCCAAACAACUCCUGACUAGUGUAGCAUUUCUUCAUGAUCUCAAACUGAUACAUACUGAUUUGAAACCUGAAAAUAUCCUUUUGGUAAACCCUGUCAGUCAUUAUGGAGUAAAUGGAAACAAAUCAUCACUUAUAUUGGAAGAUACUGAUAUUCGAUUGAUUGAUUUUGGAUCUGCAACAUUUGAACAAGAUUAUCAUUCUACAGUGGUUUCUACAAGACAUUAUCGGGCUCCUGAAAUCAUCUUGGGCAUGGGCUGGUCCUAUCCAUGUGAUGUUUGGUCUAUUGGUUGUAUCUUGGUGGAAUUCUUCACAGGUGAUGCCCUUUUCCAUACACAUGAUAAUCUUGAACAUUUGGCAAUGAUGGAAGCAGUCAUUGGCAAGGUUCCUCCACAUAUUACUCAUUUAGCAAGUCGAGAAGGUCAAAAGUUCUUCAAGGAUAACAAGUUGAAAUACCCUGAUACCAAAACCACACGUCAAAGUCGUCAAUUUGUGCGAAAUAUGAAACCUAUUUCUCAAUUGAUUUCUCCAACCACUACACUAAAUGCACAUUUUAUGGAUUUGAUACAAAAAAUGCUUGUAUAUGAUCCCAACACUAGGAUAUCAGCUCGGGAAGCUUUACGACAUGCUUUCUUCACUGCAUAAUUCUUAUAUUGAUCUAUUUGUCUAUCUAGUCCUAUUAUUAUUAUUAUUAUUAUUUACAACUUCAUUCAUGCAUCUUUUUACCCUUCAACUUUUUUUUUGAUUUUACACUCAUUCCUUUCAUCACUUACAAUUACAAAUUACACUUACACUUUUCUUUUUUUUCUUUUUUUUAAUAAAAUAAAAUAAAAAAC